CUACAAAUGGAGGUGCCAUAAUUUAUACUGAUACGAAAUGCCUCUAAUGUAUACCUUUUGUACUUGGUUUCCUUUACGUCUUGGAACAAUUAUAGUUGGAUUGAUAUCAAUAGCACAAUCAAUUCUCUCAGAAAUAUUAUGUAUUUUAAGUUUAAAUAUGACAGGAACAAUAUCAUGUGAAUUGAACUUAUUACUUCACUCAAAUAAUAUGGCGUAUACGACGGAUAUUUUGAGAUCAAUAGAAAAAGAUCCGAAUAGUUAUAUUUUGGGGAUUAUAAUAUAUAAUAUUGUCUACACGAUAAGUUGUUUGUUGUUGUUAUAUGGUGCUUAUAAGAAUGCAAUAAUGUUGAUUUUACCGUAUAUAAUAUUGGAAUUUGUGAGAUUGUUGGUAAUUCUUUACAUCGUGAUAACAUCGAUGGUGUUGAUAAAAAUGAACGUUUUGAAUUUUUUGAUUCUCAUUUUAGUUUCUGUAAUUGGAGUUUUUUUAUUGCAAAUUUUGAUCUACAUGUGGUGUUGCCCAGUGAGCUUGGUGCAAUGUUUAAGAUUGGUGAGAAAAUCAGUAGGUCAGGCGCAAGAGGCUUUCGAGAUCGACAACAAUGGGUUGUCUAAUAGUCAAGACAUCAUAUACGAUCCACUAUCUGAACACUACGGAUGGAGACCUUUCAAACCGAGCUACAGUUAUCCUUAUGAAAACAUGCCGCGAUACGAAUAUUAAUUUCCUACUUAUAGCACGUUAGAGAGGCUCGUGUUCUAGACUAUUGUCUACAAAUAUCAAAUAUAUUAUUAUUUAUAAACAACUAUCGGCUAUAAAAUAGUAGUGAAAAGUCCCAUAAUAUGUGAUUCAACUAUAUUUUAAUAGAAACUUUAAACGCACUUAUAGUACCUAUUUUUUUAAUAC